UCACGACACCUAUCGCAGGUUUCUGUCUUGACAUGAGACGAUGAUGACCUGUUCUGGCGUUACUGCGAGCGUAUGCGCUAUCGCAUGAAUUUUCGCAGGUGGUGAUUUUUCGGUGCUGUAACGAGCGAAGCCCGAGGUGUGCGCCGGUCGGCGUGUUCCAACUCGUGGAGCAACAACACAAAUUCGAGGCGCCCUGAUCGAGGGGCGUAGCCCGAAUUCGAGGGAGAAAAAAGGGCCUCGUAGUGGCCCCACGCAACAUAUACUCCGCGUCGGAAGUUUUGUGCUAUCCCCGUCUGAAGAUUACGAGAGCGCACACGUAAGAAGAAUUACAAGAGGAAAAGAGAAGGACGCGAAGGAGAAGAAGAGAGCGAGUUGGAGCAGAUCGCUUUUGACAAGCGGACCACCUACUGUGCCACCACGUACAUACGAUGUUGAGUCACAUUAAAUCGAAUUCGUCAACAGCGCCUUGAUUUUGAAAAUUUGAAUAAAGUGCACGCGCAAGAGCUGAACGACAUUCGGAGUUAUUAUCGUGCUAACAACAAUCGCUGCUAAUGUGCAAUUCGGCAGAUACUUCCUACGUACAAAAAUUAGGUUAUUUGCAUCUUGGAGAUGAUGCUGCAGAUGCUGGUGGUACGACCAGGGGCUCAGGUUCUAGACCUGAAGCCCAGGUACCUGUAUCGAGAAAUACGAUUAACAGAAACGACGCUAGAAUGUCUGGUAGGCCGGUCGGCGCAAUUGAAAGCUUUAUUGAAGGUAAUUCUUUAGAUAUUUCUAGACAGGUAGCUGCCACUGAUUACAAAUUAUAUGAGCGUGAAAAUAUAAUAGCUGCUUCACGAUUUGCGACGCCGAAGCCAGUGGAGCAAAUCAGUGCACAACAACAACAGCAACAACAGAAUCAAGCUCGUGCAGGCCAUCAGCAGGCUCCUGUUUAUGAAAAUAUAGAUUAUUAUCCGCAGCAAAGUCAACCACAUCCUCCUUAUUAUCAUCCAAUAGAAUCUAGAAAGAGCCCCAAAAGUAGUCCCAGAGGUUCUCUAGUUGGUGAGUCUUAUGAAGGAAAUUACAGAAAAGCUCAACCGCAAGUGCCAACUGGUAAUCGAUAUCAAAGUGCAUCACCGGCAAAAGAAUUACCACCAUAUGAAGCACCACCAGUAUACGAAAACAUACAGGAAGUGCACUUUUCUGAGAGCAUGCAGAAUAAGCCAGGACCUCAGGUUCCGCCGAAUUAUUAUCAUCCAGCAAAUAUUAAUGGAGGCGAUUAUGUUAUUAUGACUGGAAAAGUAAAUCAAUCUCAGAAUCAACGUGGAAUGACUCAAAGUUUAUCAUAUACUCAACAAAGAAGUGGAAGCAUACGCGGUCAAAGUUACGAUGGUGCAAGCUUACAGCGAUCAAUCGAUUCGUCUACUGCCAAGUACUUACAAAGCUCAUCCUCUGCUUCCUCAGAUCAUCAAUCUGGAAGAAGCGCUUACGUACCUCCCUCUGAAUUGCAACCACCAAAUAGAAACUUCACUUACAACGCUGAACAGCAGCAGCAGCAGCAGCAGCAGCAACAGCAACAAUCUCCAAGAUCUGGUAUACCAUAUCACAGUGAGUCUCCACCGAUACGUUUACCACCAGAACCUCAUCAUUAUCGCGGCUCAAUAGAAAAUUCUAUGAGUGGACAACAAGGUUUUCGUGCUACAAAUCAAGUUGAUAAUAACCAAUCUUCUCAGUUUCGACAGGAGAAUCCACAGAAUUACAAGCAGUACGUUGAGACUUCGUCAAGGACUACAAACACGAAUUUUACGGGGGAUUCGCAAGCCAGAAAUUCUCCAGUAUACGGAAUUCGUCCAGGAGAACAACCAACAUGUCGUAAUCCUCCAUGUUAUUCUCCAAAUCGUGCAAUGCCUCAGAAUGAUAGAAACUAUCAUCAUCAAGAAAAUUUCCCUACAAGAAACUCUCCAGUUUAUUCUUCAAAUCGCUCCACAGAACAUUUGAGAUUAGGCACAUUGCAACAAAGUGACAGAAACUAUAUGCCAGAGAUGUCAGAUCUCUCACCUGCAAGAACCUCAUCUUUAUAUUCUCCAAAUCGAAGCGAUCCUUCUAGGACCAUUAUUGCCAACAACACAGUAAGAGAAUCUUCGAAAAUAAGCCCAACUCAUGGUCAAAUGCCUGCAUUAGAUAUUGCUUCGCAAAAUACAAUCAAUUCUCCUAGACAUGGAAUAUCUCUUUCGUCCAACAAUUCUAUUGGAAGUCCUAUACGUGGACAGGUACAAGCUCCUGUCAAUAGUGCUUCAACCAAUGAAAUUGACGCUAAUGCUGGCCCCAGGAUCACUAGCCUGCCUCCAGGUGUUACAAGUGGAGUUGCAGGACCCGUACUCUUAAAUGCUGGUGUACCUGUAUUACAAAGACCUCCUGAUUCGGAAGCAAAAGAGAGAAAAUCCGUCAGUCCACCGAUCAAACCUGUACCUGGGAAAGGAUUGUUACCCUACAAUGUCAUUUCUAAACCUUCGGGACCAACGGAAGCGGAAAGAAAGAUAGAGGAGUUAACGAGACAACUCGAAGAGGAAAUGGAAAAACAAGAGGAAGAGGGAGAGUACUUCGGUAUUUGCCACACAUGUGGUGAGAAAGUGACCGGUGCCGGACAGGCUUGUCAAGCAAUGGGCAAUCUCUAUCAUACCAAUUGCUUCAUAUGCUGUUCCUGCGGAAGGGCUCUCCGCGGCAAAGCUUUCUACAACGUUCACGGAAGAGUUUACUGCGAAGAGGACUACUUGUAUUCUGGUUUCCAACAGACAGCCGAGAAGUGCGCAAUUUGCGGCCACCUUAUCAUGGAAAUGAUACUCCAAGCUAUGGGUAAAUCAUAUCACCCGGGCUGCUUCAGGUGUUGCGUGUGCAACGAAUGUCUCGAUGGCGUUCCCUUCACGGUCGACGUCGACAACAAGAUCUAUUGUGUAAAUGAUUACCACAGAAUGUUCGCGCCCAAGUGCGCGUCUUGUGGAAAGGGAAUCACGCCAGUCGAGGGAACUGAGGAAACGGUCAGGGUAGUCUCGAUGGACAAAGACUUUCAUGUGGACUGCUACGUUUGUGAGGACUGCGGCAUGCAGUUGACCGACGAGCCAGAUAAGCGGUGCUACCCACUUGAUGGCAGACUUAUGUGUCGUGCGUGUCACAUCCAACGCAUAUCGCAUACGCAACCGAGGGCACCGCAACCAGUGUCCGCUAGCUAUCAGUUUAUGGGCUAAAUGCACUGAUGUUUAAACUUUUUAUCUCAGAGCUUUUCGAACUGCGCACGUAACGAUCAUCCGAUAAAUGAAUACUUUGAAAAUCGAGAGAGCAAAAGAAUAGACGGUUGACAUUCCCGAACUUUAUAGAAUCAGGACGUGUACGUACAUACAGAUACUUAUUAAUUAUACAUUACCUAUCUGCCUAGUGAAAAUUCUUCUUAGAAUUCUUCAUACAAUUUUCAGAUUUUGUACAUAAAUUUCAGAAUUUUUCAGAAUUUGUAAUUUUAUAACUUUUUAGAAAACUUUUUAACUUCUACUUCUUAGAUUUUUUAAUUGCAAAUUGACCCAGAUAGACAUGUCGUGCUAAACAUAACAUGCAAACAUUUAUUUAUGAAUUUUGUAAUGUCCUUGUAACAGCAUAAAAUUGCAACAUCUAUUUGAAUCAUUGCCUUAAUAAUAAUAGAUUAAUUGCGUUUUGCUUUUGGCAAAAUGAGCAGCAUAUUGUCGCAAUUUUAUAGCAUCAAAAAAUCUCUUUCUUUUACUGGCAACAUUUAUGUCGUAUGAGGAUACAUCUUUGAGUAUGUAUAUCAUCAUUUUCAAUCUUCAAAUUUCACUAUACAGACAAUAUACAGAAUAUGUCUAUUUGGGGAGAUAUUUUUUAGAAAUGCUUCUAAGAAAAUUUUUAUCUUUACUAUAAUUUUUUAUACACGCGAAGAUUUCUUCUCCUAUAAUUUUUAAAGAAAAUUUACAAAAUUUGU